AUGUAUAAAUUAAGCACUAUUCCAAAUACUCUCGUUUCGCACCUUUUAAAAGCGCACAAACUCAAUUUUGUACGUUUAUCAACACGAACACUUCGACUUAAAAAAUCUGUGGACAAAAGUGCGUGGCAACUUCGUAGCACUCGAGGCCACAACUGA